AUGAAUAACUCCAAAUCUAAAACUAAUUUUGAGAUUAAGAAGCAACCUUCUGCCCAAUCUAUACCUACUUUAAAGAGUUUUUCGAGGAAUAAUUCAAUUUAAAAUUUAAGUGCUAUUAAAUCAACAAAAAAUGAAAAUAAGUAGCAAUCAGGAGAUUAAAAAAGCUUUUAAUUCAAGAUGCCAAAUUCAAAAUAAGGAAGUUAGGUAUUGAAAGAACUCAAUUCUGGGCAAUAAAAAGGAGUGAAUAGUAAUGACAAUUCAAUAGUCAAAGAAGAUUUGAAUGAAAGCUGUACUUCAUCACAGGCCAGUAUAAAAAGCGAAUUAAAUGCAUUCAACGCAGGCAAAAGAAAUAGAAUUCUUAAUUUUUUGAUAUUCUUGUGCGAGUCUGAAAUCUUUUUAGAAAAAUUGCGCUAAAAAGUUUGUUCUUUUAGUGAAUUCGAGCCAUAUGCCGUAUUUCAAAGAUUUAAUAGAGAUAUGAAAAAAGAAUUAGAAAUAGUUGAUAUACAAAAUUUUAUGACUUCAUUGAAUUAAAAAGUGGAUAACAGCACAAUAAAAACGUUAAUGUGGUUCUAUGAUCUAGACAGAAAUAAUACCUUAUCUUAUAUAGAAUUUAUGACUAUUGUAUUGACAAUUGAAGAUGACGAUUUGAGAACCAAAAUAUCUGUUAGACCAACUUAUAAGGUAUCUAAAGAGCAAUUUUUACCACUUCACAUGGAAGUAGCUAUCGGAAAACUCUUCUACUAAUUAAUAAUAUACUUUGAGAAGAUAGAUGAGUUUAGAUCUCAGUUAGAAAACGAUUUUAAUCUUUAAGAGUUCUUAGAUGCAUUCAAAUACUUAGAUAAAGAAGGAAAAGGAGAGCUUCAUGAAGAAGGAUUGAUAGAUUUUUUGAAAGAAUAGUCAUACAAUCCUUCCUAAAUUUUAGCUAGAAAUAUAUUAAGAAAUUUCAAAGGAAAGAAUGCAGAUUUCAUAGAGUAGGAUGAAGAAAACAUAAUAGGAUACGAUGAAAACGGAAACCCGAUAUAUAAAAAAACGAUUGAUCCAAUGAAAUUUGUAAGGUUUUUAGUUCCAAAUAUGAGUAAAGAUGUAAUCAAGCAUGCUUUUGAUCUCCAUUUUAAGAGUAAAAUCAAAACACCAGUUAGAGUCAAAUAUACCUUUGAAAUUAGAAGAGAGUGGUUGGAAAUAUUUAAAUAAAGAGUCGAACCUGAAAAAGAAAUUGAAUACUGCAAAUAAGAUCUGUGUAUGCAAAAGGAUUUUAGCGCUAAGGAUAUGUUUGUGUUAAUUAACAGUGAUAAAAAUGACUAUAUUUCCAUUUCUGAGUUUGUGGAUUCAUUAAAAGAGCUUGGUGUUUAACCUUAUAAAGAUGAAAUUUAUUUAUUUUUUAGAAGACAUGCUGCAAACAAAAGCAAAGGUUUAAGAGAAGACGAAUUCAUUUAUGCAAUUUUACCAAAUUAACAUACUUAUGAUAAAGUUGCUUAGGGGAGAAUUAAUAUUAGUGAUUAAGCAGUGUAGCUCAGAAUGAAAGAUAUUUUGUAGCCUGAAACUUUAAGGAGAUUUAAAAAGCUAAUGCUUGCUCUGUUAAAAUUUGAAUUAAAAAUGGAAUCUAUUUCAUUGAAACUUGCAAAAUUGACUCAUUUUUCAUAUGAAGAUUUCUUCGAAUUGCUUGAUUAUCAAUAAAAUGGAUACAUUAGCUUGACUGACCUAAAAUAAGUAUUUAUUGAUCAUAAAAUUGAUGUUACUGAAAAAGAACUCUCUUUCCUGUUUAAGAGAUUGGAUUGCAAGGAAAAAGAUGAUAAAAUUAGCUACAUAGAAUUCAUCAAUGAAGCUUAGCCUCAUCUUCCUAAAAAUUUAAUAGCAAGAAGAUUUACUUAAAAAGAAAGAUAAAAGCAAGCACAAAGUAUGGCUAACUUUAUAGAUACAGAAUUAAAUUUAAAAUCCAGAGCCGAUUUAAAUUCAGCUGGUUAAACUAAAACAAACUUCUCAAUACAUAGUUUAACCCAGCUUAACAACGAUUGA